UUAGGUGGUACUCAUCUGGAAAUGUGGGACAAAUGCUGAACGUGCCAACGUGUAUUUAAGAACAAUAUGAUAACUUUUUAAUGAUAAAGUGUGUGAAAGUGGUGACGCGGCAAGUUAUGGUGAAUUAAAAGUGGAAACGAGGGCGAUGGUGCCUCCUCGGAUAUGGCUGUCUUGGUCAAUACUGGUCUUCUUUGCUACUUUAAAACAAGGAUCCGGCCAAGCGACAGAUGUGGACGUGCGGAUAACCGCGCCCAGCUGGGUCGCGCGCGGCGGCUCCGCCACGCUGCGCUGCCUGCACCAGGUCCCUCCGCAGCUGCUGUACAAGGUGGAGUUCCUGAGGACUGGCGCCAAGCUCCUGCAAUACGUGAGAGAGCGCGUCCCACCUUACACCAACUAUACCUUUCCUGGAGGGAAACUUAAUAUGUCGCUCGUGACGGAGAACUCCAUUACGAUAGAUAAUUUGGACCCGACUGCCUCCGGUCUUUACUGGUGCGAGGUCUCCCUAGAGACGCCCAUUUUCACUGCCGCCUCGCCUCCUCACCAGUUGACUGUCGUGUAUUCUCAAAAGCAUCCACCGAUAAUAACAUUUGGCAAACCGGACGUUGUGAUUGGUGGAUUUAUCCGAGCCAAUUGCACGAGUGCGCCAGCUGCCCCCGCGCCUCGGCUUACGUGGUACAUUGAUAAUGAAAAGGUGCCCGAAGAAUCAAUAAGGUAUUUCUCUUACCGAGUGUCAAGCUCUACGAGGAACAAAGGCGGCAGCGGGUACAGGCACAGGAAACACCAGCACCGAUACAUAGCUCCUGAGUUCAACUACACGGCCAAGUACUGGGCUUUGGUGAGCGAAACGACUACCCCCUCGCCUGCCAACUUAACUAAGCAAAGCAAGUGCACUUUGAAGGACGGACAGAGCGAAGAUAUGGCUAAGUUUCGAGAGAAGCCUAGAAUCCUGGCGCCUCCCCCCAUAUCUCUGUGGGUAUCCAUCGCGGAACUGCGGACGCCGGCGCACGGCCGUUUGCAGCUCACCUGCACCGCCACCAUCCCGGAUGAAGUUGGUCCCGGAGAAAAGUUUGCGGACAUAAAGAAACAGACAGUUACUGUGGCAGUAAAUGAGCUAAGUUUGAAAAGACCACGCACCGAAACUUCCUCCUCCAACGGAACCGCAUCGUGUCUUCAAAACUACAGCCCAGUUCUCCUUAUUGGUUACAGUUUCCUCUUCCACGAGCUUCGAUUUCCUCUAUAUUAGUCUUCAUCUUACAAAUUAAGCUUGAAACAUACAAAACGCGCGACGGAAACAUGUCCUAUGCGAAUCCCCAAGGAACUUUAAGCAGACGUUCACACUGUGAAGCACGCUCUGUUAACAGGCCCUAAUGUAGCCAAAAUGUGAGAAAAAUAUAAUAAUCCAUUGUAAUGUACCGAGAAAGAGAUGAAAAUAAAGCAAUGUCAGCUGCGAUGGUACCAAAAAAUUAAAUUGUAGCGAUUGAAAAAUAAACUAUGAUUUACUAUAAUAUAUAAUUUUGAUUUAAUAAUUCACAAAAAACAUGGUAAUCAUAAUUACCAAUAUAGUAAAAAAUCAAAGAAAAAUCAAUUAUCAUUUCCGAUUUAAAGUUAAUAAUUAAAUUUCUUUUAGAUAGACUUCUUUUAUUCUUAAUUCUGAAUUCUUUAAGAAAUUGUAUCCACUUCUAUUUAUGUUCAC